AUGCUAGAAACUAAUGAACAAACCAGUCAUACUAACUCUUCUAUUGCUAGACAAAGUAGAAGACUUAGAAUGAAGGAGAAGAGAGAUGCCCAAUGCACUGAAUCAGAUCAUUCUCGAAACUUGGUAGAUAAAACUGAUGUAAGUGAUGCAAGGAAGAAAAGAAAGCUGAUAUUGCAAAAUAAGAAAUCAUCAUGUGGUCAUCCUACCAGUGCCCCAUCCCCAAGUAUAGUCUCCCCAGUUUCUAUUCCAAAUGUAGAAGAUAGAGCUCAUUCAAUUGAUGCUCGCAAGAAAAGAAGGCUUAUAUUAGAGAAUAGAAAGUUUUCUGUCAUACAACCUGAAACACAGUAUUCCCAAGUGCCACUGUCUAACUCCGAGGAUGAAUGCAGCUCAUCCAAUACUUCAGACUCUGAAGAUGAUAUGGAACAAGCACUGUUAGCAGAUUCAAAUUUACAAGAAUAUUCUGAUAUAGGGGAUCAAAUAUGGGAAUGUACAUAUUGUCAUGCACACAUGUGGCUUCAAGAACGUGCCAGUAAAACCAAAAAGGGACAUGUUCCCACAUUCCAUCGCUGUUGUUGCGGUGGUAAAAUUGUUGUACCUUUACUUGAAGAGGCAACCCCACUGUUGAGACAUCUGCUGUUUAACAAAACAUCUACCGAGAGCAAAAAUUAUCGAAAUAAUAUUCGAACAUACAACUCAAUGUUUUCGUUUACUUCUCCUGGAAUGAAAUUUGACACCACAUAUUCAAAGAAAGGAGGACCACCAACUUUGAGACUGCACGGUCAAACCUGUCAUCGAAUAGGUACUCUACUACCAGAAAAUGGAGACCGUCCGCAAUAUGCUCAGCUAUAUAUUUAUGACACAGAUAAUGAAGUUACUAAUAGAAUGAAGUGUUUCAGAGACAAUACUGAAAUUGACGAGAACACUGUUCAUAAUUUGAAGAUCAUGUUAGAUGAGUUCAAUAUUCAUGCAAAAGUCUUUAGAAUGGAGAGGGAUGUCCUGGAAGAUAAUGCAUUCUUAGACUUAAAACUGAGGGUUAUAUGUGAUAGACCUGAGGAUGGACGCGUGUAUAACAUACCAACGGUUUCAGAAGUUGCUGCACUAAUUGUGGGAGACAUUGAUUCUGCUUGUAAUAGGGACAUUAUUAUUCAAGCACGCAACGGUGGUUUGCAACGUAUUGAUGAGUUUCAUCCAGCAUAUUUGGCAUAUCAAUACCCUCUUAUAUUUGCGUAUGAUGGAGAUGGUUAUAGGAAAAAUAUAUUGCAUAGAUAUCGCCAUGAAACUGAGGUGACCCGACAAAAUCGUCAGAGCAUCAAGGACUGGCUUUCAUACAGGUUACAAGACCGUAGCGAGGAGGCAAAAACUUUGCUACACUCACGGCGUCUAUUUCAACAGUUCUUGGUCGAUGGUUAUUGUAUGAUGGAAUCUGAAAGGCUGAACUGGUUGCGAAAUAAUCAAUCAAAAUUAAGAGUGGGAAAAUAUAACAGGUUGACAGAUGAAUGCAAUAACGAUGAUGGCAGACAACAACAAAAGCGGGGAAAACGAGUUGUCUUGCCUUCAUCUUUUGUUGGGGGAAAAAGAUAUAUGGAUCAACUGUAUUUUGACGGAAUGGCAAUUUCAAGUAAAUUGGGUUUUCCAGACCUAUUCAUUACAUUUACUUGCAAUCCAACAUGGCCAGAAAUUAUCCGUGCCUUGUCCGAAACUGGGUUACAACCACACGAUCGACCCGAUAUUAUUACUAAAGUCUUCAAAAUCAAAUUUGACGAACUCAUUGCAGAUAUAACAAAAAAGCAUGUUCUAGGGAAAGUUUUGGCCUUUAUGUACACUAUUGAAUUUCAGAAGAGGGGAUUGCCACACGCACAUAUUUUGAUUUUCUUACAUCCUCAGAGCAAAUACCCCACACCAUCUGACAUUGACAACAUCAUCUGUGCUGAAAUACCAGACCCUGCUGUUCAUCCGAGGUUGUAUGCGUUGGUUAAAUCUAACAUGAUGCACGGCCCAUGUGGAGUGGCGCGCACGACAUCAACCUGUAUGAAAAAUGGUAAAUGCUCUAAAUACUUCCCAAAGAAGUUUAACGAGGAAACUAUUGUUGAUGCAGAAAGUUAUCCCCUCUAA